AUUUAACACUCAAUUCAAAAUUCAUAUCGCAUUAAGUGUUUAGUUUUGCAAACUUUUUGCAAAUAGGGUUUCGCAGUGCACUCGUGUUUACACAAUUCAAUUGCAGGCAAACUCCUCGCUAUAAAUAGGAGUUUCUCACUACUGGUGGUUUGCCUACCAAACACACCACACAUAUCGAUGGUUACUAAUUGACAGAGCGUGAGAGGACUGGUAGGUUUUGGUAGGCAUUGCACAGUCAGCUCGAUAUUUAUUUGGUUGUAAAGGGAGUGAAGGGACAGGCAUUUCGUACAUCGCUAGCUGUAUAUCGCUGUAAACAUUAGCUAUCAUUGAAAAAGUGAAUGCAAUUUAGAGUGACAUCUAAAUGGGUGUGAAUUUGUGCCACAAUUGACAGGUUUUCACUCAAUUUGCGUACACUUUAGUAGCGGUGGUGUUGUGUCCACACAAUUGUCGCCCGUUUUGUGGACAUAUCCGUAAAGACUUGGAUGUGAACCAUGGAGUCGACGGCCAAUAAGGAUGAGGUGAUCCCCAUGUAUGACAGGCACCCAAACGACAGUGGUGAUGAUAACAGUGUCUGUGCGGUGCUGUUGACCAUAGUAUCGAUAUUCGUGAUCGCGAUAACUAUGCCGUUAUCACUGUUUUUCUGCAUCAAAGUGGUCCAGGAGUACGAAAGGGCUGUUAUAUUCCGAUUGGGACGGCUA